GAAGAGGAUAGAAAACUAUUUCCAUAUUCGUCGCAAAUCGGGCGGCGGUGAGUGCGGCUCGGUGACGGACGUGAACGACAAAGUUUACAGCGUCGCGUUUAAGGAGCGAGAUGCUCAACAAAGAGUCCUGCAAAGAUCUCAGCAUGAGUUCAACUUUCCAGAUUGUACUCUGGUUCUGACUGUGAGAGACAGCCCAGGACCUCCCGUCUCUUCUCCCACAUCCUCCUCGUCUCCAGGCCAGCCAGUUAGCCCCAAACUGGAUAAUCAGUCAUCUCCUGCAUCAAGCCUGACACUCAGUGGUGAAGAAUACGAACCAACUAUCGAUAGCUAUCUCCUCCGUUACUUAAGUGAAUGUCCAAAGGCUGGAAAAGAACUGGAGACAGAGCUUUUCUCUGUGGGCUGCAGUGCUCAGCUGUUCCCAGAUAAGGUUUUAGUCAGCAGAGAUCAACCAUGUGCUGCAGAUGUUAACUGGAAAGCUGAGGUAGACAAGGUUUUUGAUGGCUACCUGUCCCACUAUGAGGUGGAUCCUCGCAAUGUCAAAGCUUUGCUCCAGUCCUUGAACUCUCCAAAGACAACAGAUGAGGUGAAGGUGUACAGCGAGCUUGGGUUGACAGUGGUGGUUGGGAGACAGUCUAAGGUGAACGCCAAGUUAUUGGAAGUCAAGGGCAUAAGAGGUAAACUUGGAUCAGCAUCAGGUGAGAGUGAGAAGCAAAACAGUAUUCGUCGACUGGGUGAGGCCAAACUCCGUCUCCUCUGGAGAGAGAUUGAGCAAGGUUUGGGAGAACAUUUUCCAGAGGUGAAAGCCACACAGGGUGACGAAGGUCAGCUGACUUUGGCAGGUUCUGUGGAGGAGAUUCUUAAGGCUGGACAGCUAGUAUCCGAUAAGGAGAAAUUGGUGUUAGAUCGCACAGUUUCUGACAAGAGCCCGCAUUUUUUCAGCUUCCUCAGAAAGGUAUAUGGAGGGCCAAGGGUGCUAGGUGAUUUUUUAGGUGUCGGUGACAAGGUGGAAAUAGAGUUAAGAGACACAGAGCUACUUUUCUUUGCACUCUCAGCUGGUAAACUUGAUGAUGCGGAAAAAAACCUGCAAGAAAAAUUCAAGGAUGUCAGGUUUGAAGUUCCGAACUGCUCCAUUGUGCCACUGGAGCUUCGGGAAAAACUUAAUUCCAAGACAAAUAAGAUGAAUCAAGGGCAGUGUAGGGCUCAAGUUGUGUUUACCUCAGACAGCAUUGUGUACUUAGUGGGCCACAGCAAAGAGGUUGAAGAGCUGAGCGACAUUGUCACACAGUUUAUUUUGGACCAGGCAAGUGUAGAAGGACAUGUCGCUCUCCCUUUCCCAGAGUUGCUAGAACUCUUACCAGACCUGUUGCAGCUGUUUAAGUGUGACUCUUCAGAGGUUACCUUACGUCCUUUAACAUCUUCCUCUAGACCAGUGGUGCUACUGGAAGGCCCAUCAGGAAAAGUGACUGAGUUUAGGAAUAAGCUGGGUCCACUUCUUCAGUCCCUUGUUAGGGACAGAGUCAGCAUUAGCAUGCCAGGGGCAGUAAGGUUUUUUGAAGGUCUCGCUGGAAGAAAUACUCUCGUAAGUGUUGGUCAAUCCUACAAGUGUCUCAUACAGCUUGAAGAACAGAAUCAUGUUAGUAGACAAAAUUCAGGAGUUACCAAAUACAACCUUUGCGAUGGGCUCCAGGUGUUGGUCUGUCAGGGUGACAUCACCACACAAUGGGCUGAUGCUCUGGUGAAUGCUGCUAAUGAAGAUCUGGAACAUGGUGGUGGUGUGGCUGCCGCACUGAGUAAAGCAGGUGGUCCUCAGGUGCAGAUAGAGUGCAGAGACAUGGUGAAGAAAACUGGAAAAAUCCCUACAGGUGAUGUGGUACUGACCACCGGCGGAAACCUGAAAUGCAAGAAACUGCUGCAUGCAGUUGGGCCUGUUAAUGGAAAAUGUGGUGGCAAAGAGAGAAUGCUACUGGAAAAGACUGUCAGCUCUGCUCUGAAUUUAGCAGAAAUGAAGAAGUUUACAUCCAUAGCCAUGCCCUGUAUCAGCUCAGGUUUGUUCUGUGUUCCUCUUACUGUGUGCGCUGAGGCUAUUGCAACUGCUGUUAAAGAGUUUGGCAGUCAGGGAGGUCGAAGUCUGAGCAAAAUCAUCCUGAUAGAUAAGAAAGUAGAGGUGGUGAAGGCCAUGCGGGAUGCGUGUGACAGAAUUCUUCGAGGGACAAGUACCGAACUCCAGCCAAAUGCAUCUGGCCCAAAUACAGCGGGACAAGCCACUGCUGGCUCUACUGGGUGCUGCGUCCAAGUGGAGAUCGUUCAGGGAACACUAGAGAACCAACAG